UUAUUUUAUGUUUUGUUUCUUUCCAGGUACAGUUUACUUUAAUGCAGCGCAUGGGUGCUUAAAGUGUACCUGUGUAGGGGUACACCUCAACUCGGAGCACAAAAUGAUUUUUGAAUCCGUGGACGCCGAACUGCGUACGGACGUCGGCUUUAAACGACGAGUAGACAAAGACCACCACAAACCAUGGCGAUCACCAUUAGAAAAGCUCAAAAAUUUUAAUAUGAUCGACGGUGUUCCCUACGAAGGUCUCCAUCAGUUUGAUCGCGGGGUGACCCUAAAGCUUGUUCUUGGGUUAUACGAGGGAAUUUUUGAAAAUUUUGAAAUGUGGUCACCCCGACAAAAGGAAGCCGUGAAUACUUUUUUGAUAAAGACACGGCUUCCUUCGGAAGUGAAUCGCCCUAUGCGAUCCUUCCGCUAUCGCCAUUUUUGGAAGGCCACCGAAUUUCGGUCCUUCCUUCUUCAUAUUAGUAUUGCGGUCUUGAAGGAUUUUAUGUCUUUUGAUGCAUUCAAUCACUUCUUGUGCUACUUUUGCAGUGUGACGAUUUUUAAUUCAACGGCACACAAGCAUCUUUGGCCUCUUGCGGAAAAGUUCUUAUACAACUUUGUAAAGAACUUUCCGCAGUAUUAUGGCCGAGCCCAUAUGACCAGCAACGUCCACAAUCUCCUGCACGUGUCAGGAGACGUUAACAUGUUUGGAGCGGUUCCUGAAUAUUCCGCAUAUCGGUAUGAGAAUUACACUUGUUCUCACUUUCCUCUGAAUCUUUAUCCGGUUGCUAUGGAUCGCAAUCCAUGAGAAUGGAUUGCAAUCAACUACAUCUGAAUCGUUGUCAGCUACGUUUGAAUCGUUUUCAGCUACAUUUGGAUCGCUCUCAGCUACCUUUGGAUUUUGGGGUAGUU